UCACCUCCAGCGUGCAGUUGUUAUGGGCAAUCACAUAACAUGGACGAAAAGAAUACUCGGAAGUAGCGCAACAUCCUCCUAAUAAAAGGUCACAGUUAAAUCUUGAUAGACUGUCUUAAACCUCUUCAUCCAUCGCCGAAGAAGUGUUAAGCCAUUCAUUGAUGGGUUCACCUUGGCGCCUUCAUCUUUAAAACAGAUUCCAGUUAGACGAAAAGCAGCAAGAAAAAUGCGGGGCAAUUUGUCCUUAUUGUCGCUAUGCUGUUUGUGGGUUGUAAUUCGAACGUUGGGCUUUGUCUACGACAGCAAAAGGAUUAUCUUGGAGGAUCGUUUCUGGGGUGAUUUUGACAAUGAUAGUGGCAUCGUGGACGAGAAUGAAACAACAACGACUGCGGGAGACACGGUCGGGGCUACCGGCCUUGCAGCAAGCAGUUAUGGAGGAAGGCGCGCUCCAAGGGAGAUUCAAGUGGACGAAGCGGGCUAUCGUUAUUUUAACGUGGGAGUGCUAAUGGCUUCGCAUCUAAAUUCCCCGUUUGACUUGGAGCGCUGUGGACCUGCUGUUGACCUUGCACUGGAACGUGUUAAUGAAGAGUUCCUUGGAGCUCAUAAAAUUCGCUUGCGAAAAGUCCAGGGAAGUUAUCCUUCAUGUUCCGGGGCCAAAGCACCAGGAUUAGCUGCUGACAUGCAUUUUCGGGACGAUGUUAUCGCCUUCAUCGGGCCGGCUUGUGCCUUUGCUUUGGAGCCUGUUGCACGACUCGCUGCUUAUUGGAACACCCCAAUAAUAACAGGAAUGGGAGACCAGCCUCCUUCCGAAGGUGAACUGUCCGUGUCGUCGGGUAUCCUGGGAAAGAUCCAUAAAUGGAAAAAUGAAAGCACAGGCAUGUUCAAAGACAAAUCAAAGUACCCGACGCUAACUCGAAUGUCAUAUUGCCAAUGUCGACUAAAAUUGGUUUUCGCAAGUGUUUUUCGACAAUUUAAUUGGAAGCACGUUGCCCUGCUCCUCGACCGUUCGGACCUAUUCUCCCUGACAGUGGGUAAAAACUUGGAAUAUGGUCUCAAGGAGGAGGGUCUGCUGAGCUUUGUGCGUGAACUGAAUGGGAACGAGGAGGAGCCUUAUGAUAACUACCUAAGGGAUGCGAGCAUGUAUGCCAGAGUUGUUAUCCUGUCUGUUCGUGGAGUACUUGUACGAAAAUUUAUGCUGGCCGCACAUGCUUUAGGCAUGACGAAAGGUGACUGGACUUUUCUUGACGUGGAAAUCUUUCAGAGUUCAUAUUGGGGUGAUCAUGACUGGGAGAUGCGCGAUCAAGAUGAUUCAAAAGCCCGCAAGGCUUAUGAAGCCCUACUCAGAGUAUCAUUGCUCCAACCUACAAGUCCGAAAUAUCAGGACUUCUCCGAGCAUGUGCGCGAAAGGGCAUUCCGAGACUACAACUAUACAUUCAGCGAAGCAGAAGAAGUGAAUUUCUUCAUUGGAGCUUUCUAUGAUGGAGUUUACUUGUUGGGAAUGGCAUUGAAUGAAACUCUCACUGACAAUGAUGACAUUCGCGAUGGACACGAUAUAACUCGGAGAAUGUGGAAUAGAGAUUUUCACGGAAUAACAGGACAUGUGCGAAUUGAUGAUAAUGGCGAUCGAGAUGCUGACUAUUCCAUUCUUGAUUUGGAUCCGAUCACAGGACGUUUUGAAGUGGUAGCGCAUUAUUAUGGGUUGCAUAGAACCUAUGCUCCUGUUCCUGGGAAGAGAAUUCACUGGCCAGGCGGUCGAGAAGGGCCUCCACCUGAUAUACCGAAAUGUGGAUUUCUCGGGAAUUCCCCGGAAUGUCAUGGAAACGAAAUGAUAAUAUUAUACGGGGCCUCGGCUUUUGCGAUAUUUGUAGCGUUUUCGUGCCUCGUGGUUUAUCUUCUAUGCAAACAAAUGAAGCUAAACAACGAAUUAAAUAAUAUGUCGUGGAGAGUGAAGCCAGAUGAAAUUCUUCUUGAGGUCGGUAGACUAUUCGGUAGCAAAAUGGGCUUACAGAAGUUAAACUUCGAGAAUUUAUCCCUCCAACAAUACGGUGCUAGUUCAGGACGUGCCUCGAUAGCAAGUUGUACAUCACUUCCACCAAAUCAAGUUUUCACAACAAUUGGUAUUUAUAAAGGUGAACGUGUGGCCAUAAAAAAGGUGGCCAAAAAGAAGGUUGAUAUUACUUCAACAUUACUUUGGGAAAUUAAGCAAGCUCGCGACGUAAGUCACGAGAAUACAGUUCGAUUCGUAGGAGCCUGUAUUGAUCUUCCUCGUCCAACUGUUCUCAUUCUAACUGAAUACUGUCCUAAAGGCAGUUUGAAGGAUGUUUUGGAGAAUGAUGCGAUUCAAUUGGAUUGGAACUUUCGUAUGUCGUUGAUUCAUGACAUAGUUAAGGGCAUGGCUUAUCUGCAUAAUAGUGACGUAUCGGUUCAUGGUAAACUGAGGUCUUGUAACUGCCUUAUCGACGGAAGAUUUGUACUGAAAAUUUCAGACUUUGGACUAAGGACACUGACCACUCCUUCUGAAUUCAUCAAAGAUCAAAAUUACUUCAACAAACUACUUUGGGUCGCACCAGAAUUACUUCCACUCACCGUUCUUCCAGGAACCCCAGCAACUCAGAAAGGAGACGUCUAUUCUUUUGCUAUCAUCCUUGAAGAGAUUGUAGUUCGCGGAGGACCAUAUGAAACAGCGCGACAAUUCCUGGAAAUUCAAGCAAUUUUGGAUCGAGUUGAAGCGCAUGAGUCACCUCCGUUUCGUCCGUUUGUAGGAGAACGGGAUUGUCCACCCGAUGUGCUGGAUUUGAUGGAAAAAUGUUGGGCGGAUAACCCAGAAGAUCGUCCAGCAUUUGCCACUAUACGUUCAACUGUCAGACUAAUAAUGAAGGGUUUCUGUGAAAAUUUAAUGGAUGAUCUACUUCGUCGAAUGGAGCAGUAUGCCAACAAUUUAGAAAGUCUCGUUGAAGAAAAGACAGAACAAUUGAGCAUGGAAAAACGCCGAACGGAGGAGCUACUUUAUCAAGUCUUACCGCGUCCAAUAGCAACACAACUUCUUGCCGGGGAAAUGGUGCAACCAGAACAGUUUGAAUCGGUGACUAUCUAUUUUAGCGACAUUGUAGGUUUCACCGCACUUUGUGCCCAAAGCCGUCCAAUGGAAGUGGUGGAUUUUCUCAAUGACCUCUACAGCACCUUCGAUAGGAUUAUUGGAUUUUACGAUGUAUACAAAGUUGAGACGAUCGGUGACGCUUACAUGGUAGUAUCAGGAUUACCAGAGAGAAAUGGACAUGAUCACGCCAGAGAAAUUGGAUUGAUGGCAAUAUCGAUAUUGGAUGCGGUGAAAAGUUUCAGUAUUAAACAUAAGCCAGAGUAUCAAUUACAAAUUCGUAUCGGCAUACAUUCGGGACCAGUGUGUGCGGGAGUGGUGGGUCAGAAAAUGCCACAUUAUUGUCUUUUUGGAGACACGGUUAAUAUUGCGUCUAGGAUGGAAUCGACUGGAGCACCUCUUAAGAUCCACGUAUCUGAUGCAACCAAAACCAUAUUUGACAAAUUUGGAACAUUCCGUUUGGAGCUACGCGGUGAGGUAGAAUUGAAAGGUCGUGGGACAGUGACGUCAUAUUGGCUUCUGGGAAGUACGGAACCUGAUCCCAGACCUCCAACGCCCAUCAAAACUCACAAUGAUAACGAAGCACUAUUCCCUAUUUUGUUUCCAGCAAUAGGGAAGUAA